AUAAAAAAAAAUUAAAAAAAAAGACAGACCGGAUAGCUGAGCCCAACAUGAAUCCUAGCCUUCACGGCUCAGCCUGGUCAGGUUUUUACAAAAAGACUUUAAAUGAACGUCAAAAUGAACUAAAGCUUGCUUUUCCGGAUUUAUUUAAUCUACCUCCUCCAAAUAAUGUUCCCUCAGUUUAUGCUACACCUUCAAGUUCUAUUUGCAACUCUCCUUUAAGUCCUAUUUGCAGAUCUCCUAUCUCCUUAAACUAUUCCAAAGAAAAUGAAUCAAAAGAGGGCAUAAAUGACGAACAACUUAACUACUUAAUAAAAAAAUUAGAGCCAUUAUCUGUUGAUCAGAAUCCAUUUCCAAUAAAAGGUCUUGAAGAACAUAUUGCAGAUAAAAUGGUUGAAAAUUGUGUAGGGACAAUAGGUUUACCAGUUGGUUUGGCUCUUAAUUUCAUAAUCAACGGAAAACCAAUAAUUAUUCCCAUGGCGAUCGAAGAAGCCUCAGUUAUCGCUGCUGUUUCGGGUGCGGCAAAAACAAUUUCGUCAUAUAAGGGAUUCACCGCAGUGGCACCUAAAAGAAACUCAAUAAUAGCUCAGAUUGUUCUUUUAGAUAUACCUCAAAAUUCUAUGAGUCAUGUCGUAAAUAAGUUAUUACAACAUAAGUCGAGUAUCAUUAAAUUUGCCAACCAGUUUUGUGACAGCAUGGUUAAACGGGGAGGUGGUGUAUUUGAUAUGUCGGUUAGAAGGAUCCCACGUGUAAAUAAUCGAAAUCCAAAACAUCAUCCAAUUGGUUCUGAAAAAUUCAAAGAGUG